AUGGUCCAGGGGAAAGAUCUCAUGGGGCUACAGGUGCUUCUGGGUGUCGUGAUACUGUUUCUUGGUUCUUCAGACUUUCAACUCGCUAUCGUCUUGACUGGCAGUGUGGUGAAGCUUGCUCAAAGUCUUCGCCUAAAUUCAAAAGAGGCUCUAGAAGGAUUGACGAAUGCCGAGAAAGCUCACAGAACACAUCUGUUCUGGUUAUCAUAUAUAUAUGAUAGGCAAAUCUCACAGCGAUCUCAAUGUCCAUAUUCACAUCUUGAUCCCGAUACAGAUAUGGACCUUCCAGAAUCCUACCCUGAGAACAACCUCGGAAUCAUGGCAUCUUCUACCGACAGCAUCCGUUUCAAUUAUCUUCGCGCAAAAGCACAAUUUGCCUAUAUUCAAGGCAAAGUUUAUGAUCUGCUGUAUAGCCAAAAAUCCACAACUCUGACAAAGGAGCAGAAGAAUAGCAUGAUACUCCGUAUAGAGGAAAUGCUAGCGGAAUGGGUCCAGGAAAUCCCUGAAGAAUUACAUACUGCAGAGGGCAUUCGUGAGAGGCUCUCGCCAGCAGCAACAGAUUUGAUGAUGAAUCUUUGGUUUCAUCAUGCUGAGUGUCGCAUCAAGAUUCGCUCCAUAUUCACGUUUGAGGACGCAUGGGUCAACAGAGUGCGACUAUAUCUAUCGCCGGCGGUUAUCGACAUGAGUGACAAUAUUGGCGGGGAGGUGGGAAGAGGCGAUAUUCCUCCCUUGCCGUCUGGAUGGGAUGAAUGCGUUGGAUAUGGUCGAGUGUGUUUGGAGUUGCUUUUGAAGAAAAGACCAACCGAGUACAUCCUGUGGUAA